AUGACGAUCAACACUGUGUCUUUGACCAAGGCUCACACAUUGAUAAAAAUGGUGAUGGUGGUAGUCAUAGCAAUGAUGCUGAUAGUGACGGUGACAGUAAAUGUCAGUGGACCUAGUGAUGGCCACGCCCCCCAUCUUGCCCCCAGGCCCGAUGGCCCAGUCACCCUUUCCACAAAGGUUCGCCCCGCCCCUCCGGACCUGGGCCACACCCCCACCCGCCCCGCCCCCUCACGCCCCGCCCUCUUAGAGGCGCGGACCGCGGAGCCCCGCGCCUUUUGUGUGGAGCUUCGCUGCGGCGCGCGCCCAUUCCCUCCGCGGCCGCCGACCGAGGGGCGUCGGCGCGCGCAGUCUCCUCGGCGGGCGGAGGGGCCCUCCGGCCCGCGUGCACCCCGCACCCCAUCCUCCGGCCGCCGCCCCGAGGCUCGGGCGGACGCGCGCGCGCGCUCGCUCGCUCCCGCCCGCGAGACCCCGCCGCUCGCCCCCUCCCCCGGCCCGUCGGCGGGCGGGCCGGACGCGCACGCGCCGGCCCGGGCACGCGCGCCCGCCAAGAUGGCAGGGGCCGGGGCCCAGCUGUCAGUCGCCGCCGCCGCCGCCGCCGCGGCCGCGCUGCCUCGCAGCUAG